AUGGCAUCGUUUUUCACAUCGCACGAACGCGCUGUGCUGAGGUCGAACUGGGGAAGUCAAUCGACCCGUCUGACGCGCGAAUCGUUUUUGCCCUUUGGGUAUUGUCGACUAUGUCUCGGUCCGGCCCAGAAUCCAGUGGCAUGUACAGACGGCAAUGGGGAUGGUAAAGGAAAGGGCAAAGUCGCGAAAGUGCACCUCUUCUGCCGGGAAUGCGCGUUGAACGACCUGAUGGCGCAGAGAAAGGAAAUCAAGCGGCUAGAACGUGACGCCGAGCUACAUGAACGCGAGGAACGUGAAGCAGCGGCCCAGGAGGAAGAGGAGCGACGACGACGGGAUCUUGAAGGAUUCGAACGGUCUGAAAUGGGAUUUGACGACAGUUACGACCCUUCCACUUCUGCAUCUACGUCCGGGAGACCAGGGGCCAAGAGGAAGCGGGAGGCAGAGGAGAUGCAUGGUCAUGCUGCCAGCGACACCAACAGCAAUGGUCACGACCAGAAGAAACCAAAAUCUUCGGAGUCGAGUUUUUGGGUUCCGGGGUCAGAUUCACUCGCCGCAGCCACCAAGGGUUCCAAAUCGUCACAGAAGCUCAAAUUCCAUCCUAUCUGUCCGGCAUCGACUCCGGAAACAAAACACAAUUACUCCCUCAAGUCGCUGGUCACUGUGAAUUUUACAGAGAGCGAUGCUGAGGCUGGGUCGAGAACCAACAGAGACGGCAAUCUAAAUGAGCCGGUACGGAUUUGUCCAAGCUGCAAGAAAGCGCUGACCAACACAUCUCGGCCGAUGUUGGGCACUGCUGAAGGUUGUGGUCAUGUCAUCUGUGGAGCGUGUGCCGAUUUAUUCCUCAGUGGCUCUGAAGGUCAAGGUGCAACAGCGACAACAGCAGGAGGUAAUAACCCAAGGACAAAGGCUGCUACCGUCGAGAUAACUCCGAAUGGCACUACGGAGAACAUGAACGAUGGGAGCCAGAGUCGAGUGCGGCCACAGAUCAAUUGCUUCGUUUGCGAGGCAGACUUGAGCGGCAGCACUGCCGCGACGAGUGAGGAGAAACAGGAGGACCAAGGAUCGAAAAAGGACAAGGACAAGAAAGACAAGCAUAGAAGUAAGGACAAGAACUCGGGAGGCAGAUUGGUGGAAAUCAGCUGCGAAGGAACCGGGUUUGCCGGCGUAGGCGCGAAUGUCACAAAGCGAGAUGGCGUGGCUUUUCAAUGCUAG